AUGUCACUGCCGCUACGACACGCAUUGGAGAACGUUACUUCUGUUGAUAGAAUUUUAGAGGACUUAUUAGUACGUUUUAUUAUAAAUUGUCCGAAUGAAGAUUUAUCGAGUGUCGAGAGAGAGUUAUUUCAUUUUGAAGAAGCCUCAUGGUUUUACACGGAUUUCAUCAAAUUGAUGAAUCCAACUUUACCCUCCCUAAAGAUUAAAUCAUUUGCUCAAUUGAUCAUAAAACUAUGUCCUCUGGUUUGGAAAUGGGACAUAAGAGUGGAUGAGGCACUCCAGCAAUUCUCCAAGUAUAAGAAAAGUAUACCGGUGAGGGGCGCUGCCAUAUUUAACGAGAACCUGAGUAAAAUUUUAUUGGUACAGGGUACUGAAUCGGAUUCUUGGUCAUUCCCAAGGGGGAAGAUAUCUAAAGAUGAAAAUGACAUAGAUUGUUGCAUUAGAGAAGUGAAAGAAGAAAUUGGUUUCGAUUUGACGGACUAUAUUGACGACAACCAAUUCAUUGAAAGAAAUAUUCAAGGUAAAAAUUACAAAAUAUUUUUGAUAUCUGGUGUUUCAGAAGUCUUCAAUUUUAAACCUCAAGUUAGAAAUGAAAUUGAUAAGAUAGAAUGGUUCGAUUUUAAGAAAAUUUCUAAAACAAUGUACAAAUCAAAUAUCAAGUAUUAUCUGAUUAAUUCCAUGAUGAGACCCUUAUCAAUGUGGUUAAGGCAUCAGAGGCAAAUAAAAAAUGAAGAUCAAUUGAAAUCCUAUGCGGAAGAACAAUUGAAAUUGUUGUUGGGUAUCACUAAGGAGGAGCAGAUUGAUCCCGGUAGAGAGUUGCUGAAUAUGUUACAUACUGCAGUGCAAGCUAACAGUAAUAAUAAUGCGGUCUCCAACGGACAGGUACCCUCGAGCCAAGAGCUUCAGCAUUUGAAAGAGCAAUCAGGAGAACACAACCAACAGAAGGAUCAGCAGUCAUCGUUUUCUUCUCAACAACAACCUUCAAUAUUUCCAUCUCUUUCUGAACCGUUUGCUAACAAUAAGAAUGUUAUACCACCUACUAUGCCAAUGGCUAACGUAUUCAUGUCAAAUCCUCAAUUGUUUGCGACAAUGAAUGGCCAGCCUUUUGCACCUUUCCCAUUUAUGUUACCAUUAACUAACAAUAGUAAUAGCGCUAACCCUAUUCCAACUCCGGUCCCCCCUAAUUUUAAUGCUCCUCCGAAUCCGAUGGCUUUUGGUGUUCCAAACAUGCAUAACCUUUCUGGACCAGCAGUAUCUCAACCGUUUUCCUUGCCUCCUGCUCCUUUACCGAGGGACUCUGGUUACAGCAGCUCCUCCCCUGGGCAGUUGUUAGAUAUACUAAAUUCGAAAAAGCCUGACAGCAACGUGCAAUCAAGCAAAAAGCCAAAGCUUAAAAUCUUACAGAGAGGAACGGACUUGAAUUCAAUCAAGCAAAACAAUAAUGAUGAAACUGCUCAUUCAAACUCUCAAGCUUUGCUAGAUUUGUUGAAAAAACCAACAUCAUCGCAGAAGAUACACGCUUCCAAACCAGAUACUUCCUUUUUACCAAAUGACUCCGUAUCUGGUAUACAAGAUGCAGAAUAUGAAGAUUUCGAGAGUAGUUCAGAUGAAGAGGUGGAGACAGCUAGAGAUGAAAGAAAUUCAUUGAAUGUAGAUAUUGGGGUGAACGUUAUGCCAAGCGAAAAAGACAGCCGAAGAAGUCAAAAGGAAAAACCAAGGAACGACGCAAGCAAAACAAACUUGAACGCUUCUGCAGAAUCUAAUAGUGUAGAAUGGGGGCCUGGUAAAUCUUCACCCUCGACUCAGAGUAAACAGAAUUCAUCAGUAGGAAUGCAGAAUAAAUAUCGUCAAGAAAUUCACAUUGGUGAUAGUGAUGCAUAUGAAGUCUUCGAAAGCAGUUCUGACGAAGAAGAUGGAAAAAAAUUGGAAGAACUGGAACAAACUCAAGACAACUCCAAAUUAAUUAGCCAAGAUAUUUUAAAAGAGAACAAUUUCCAAGACGGUGAAGUGCCUCAUAGAGAUAUGCCCACUGAAAGUAAUAAAUCUAUAAACGAAACUGUCGGGUUAUCAUCAACAACAAAUACUGUAAAAAAGGUACCCAAAGUUAAAAUACUAAAACGAGGUGAAACCUUUGCCAGUCUGGCGAAUGAUAAAAAAGCUUUUGAUUCAAGCUCCAAUGUGUCUUCAUCAAAAGAUUUAUUACAGAUGCUAAGAAACCCAAUUUCCUCUACUGUAUCUUCAAAUCAGCAAUCACCAAAAUCUCAACAUCUAAGUGGGGAUGAAGAAAUCAUGAUGAUGUUGAAGAGGAAUUCUGUGUCAAAACCUCAAAAUAGCGAAGAAAAUGCAUCAACUUCAAGUAUAAACGAUGCGAAUGCAAGCGAACUUUUGGGAAUGUUAAAACAAAAGGAAAAAGACAUUACAGCACCAAAACAGCCCUAUAAUGUUGACUCAUACUCGCAGAAAAAUUCAGCUAAAGGAUUGUUGAAUAUUUUGAAAAAGAACGACUCUACCGGGUACCCUCGCACUGAGGGUGGACCGUCAAGUGAAAUGUCAACGUCAAUGAAACGCAACGACGCUACAAAUAAUCAAGAAUUAGAUAAGAAUUCAACAGAGUUAUUAAACUACUUAAAGCCCAAGCCUCUUAAUGAUGGGUAUGAGAAUAUUUCAAAUAAGGACAGUUCUCAUGAAUUACUGAAUAUAUUGCAUGGUAAUAAAAACAGCAGCGCCUUCAAUAAUAAUGUAUAUGCAACUGACGGAUAUUCCUUGGCAUCUGAUAACAACGAAAAUUCCUCAAAUAAACUACUAAAUAUGCUGCAAAACAGGUCUAGUGCAAUAAAUGAGCCCAACUUCGACGUCCGUUCGAAUGGAACUUCAGGGUCUAAUGAAUUAUUAAGCAUUUUGCAUAGGAAGUGA